CGCUUCGUCGAGGGCUCCAUUGUCAGGAUCUCUAUGGAGAACUUUCUAAUAUAUGAUACCUGUGAAGUACAUCCAGGACCCAAUCUGAACAUGAUUGUGGGUGCUAAUGGAACAGGGAAGUCAAGCAUUAUAUGUGCCAUCUGCUUGGGACUGGCUGGAAAACCUUCUUUCAUAGGGCGAGCUGAUAAGGUUGGUCUCUUUGUAAAGCAGGGAUGCUUGAAAGGCGUAGUAGAAAUUGAACUGUCUAAGGUACCCAACAAUAUCAUUAUCACACGUGAGAUUCAAGUGACAAACAACACAUCAUCAUGGUUUAUCAACAGAAAGCCAGUAACCCUGAAAACUGUAGAAGAGCAGAUUGCAGCCUUAAACAUCCAAGUGGACAAUUUAUGCCAGUUUCUUCCUCAGGACAGAGUCGGAGAAUUCGCAAAACUGAGUAAGAUUGAGUUGCUUGAAGCUACUGAAAAAUCCAUCGGUCCCCCAGAAAUGUAUCAAUUUCACUGUGAACUGAAAAACUCCAGAGAAAAAGAAAGAGAACUGGAGAACUUGUGCAGAGACAAAGCUAACUCUUUGGAGAAAAUGAGGCAGAGGAUUGAACGAUACAAACAAGAUGUUGACAGAUACCAUGAGCGCAAGCGCCAUCUUGACUUAAUUGAGAUGCUUGAGAGAAAAAGGCCUUGGGUGGAAUAUGAAGAUAUUCGUCGGCAGCAUGAGGAAGUGAAACAAAGCCGAGACCAAGCCAAAGAAGAAGUGAAGAAUCUGAAAAAAAUGCAGUCCCCAGUGACAAAAAAAAUCCAAGAAACUGAAGAAUAUAUUAUGAGUCUGGAAACUAAAAUCAGAGAUAAGGCUGCGGAAAUUAAAGAAGUUUCUCAAAAAUGUAAACAGAAGCAAGAUGCUUUGGAGAUGAAAGAUAAACAAAUUGAAGAAAUUCAUCAAGCAUUGAGAAUGAAAAAAGAUGAAGAGAUGGACAGACAGAGGAAAAUACGCAACAUUCACAAGGUGAUAGAAGAUUGGAAGAAUGAGCUCAAUACAAUGGCAGUCUGUGAGAAUCUUAAGUCACAAACUGAUGCUGUUAAUAAUGAGCUGAAAAAACUGCAAGAAGAAAGAGCACAUAUUGAUAGUGAUAUCAGUGAUGUAACAGCAGAGAAAAUGAACAAAGAGAGGGAAAAGAAAAGAGUGACUGAUCGCCUUGGGCAGCUUAAUAAUAUAAUGAAUAUGAAGGAAGAGCAUCUUAAAUUGAGAUUUCAAGACACGCACACUGCUCUUAUAUGGCUAAGAAAAAACAAAGACAAGUUUAAAAAAACAGUUUGUGAACCCAUGAUGCUUGAAAUCAAUAUGAAAAACAAUAGAUAUGCUAAAUAUAUUGAAAAUCACAUUUCUGCCAAUGAUAUGAGUGCUUUUGUUUUUGAGAGUCAAGAAGAUAUGGAGGUGUUUCUUCUGGAGGUGCGUGAUCAUCAGAAACUCAGAGUGAGUGCUGUGUGUGCACCUGCUCAGUCGUAUGCUGAAAGCUUACCUUCGAGACCUAUUGAAGAAUUACACCGAUACGGAUUUUUCUCAUAUUUACGAGAGUUGUUUGAUGCUCCUCAUGCUGUGAUGAGUUAUCUUUGCUAUCAAUACCAUGUUCAUGAUAUCCCUGUGGGAACAGAGAAGACAAGAAACAUGAUUGAAAGGGUCAUACAAGAAACCAAACUUAGGAACAUCUAUACAGCAGAGGAAAGAUACGUUGUUAGAGUAUCUCCUUAUACACACCUACCCCUCUCUACUAACACGUUCCUGAGGGCAGCCCGGUUUCUAACUAGUUCAGUGGAUACAGAUGAAAGACAACAGUUGGAAAACCAGCAACAGGACAUCAGUAGCACACUAAAGACAUUGGGUAUGCGUUUGACUGCAUUGCAUGAGAGACAAAAAUAUCUGGAACAUAAAGACAAUGAGCUCAGGCAGCAGAAGAAGGAGCUUUUAGAGAGAGGAAACAGGAGGAAACAGUUGGAAUCAAAAAUUGGUGUGAAGUAUGAUAGUUUAAAGCAGCUGGAACAAGAUGCUAUUAACCUAAAGGAGGAAUCUCAACAGGCGAAUGUAAAGAUCAAAGAAAUAAAUAUCCAAAAAACAAGACUUGUUACUGAAUUGAUGCAUCUCAUAAAGAACUGUAUAUCACUGAAUAUCCUCAAAGCAGACUUGGUUCUUCAGAGCACUAAGGUGGCUGCUGAGAAGAACAGAAUGGAGCUGGAGUAUAAAGCACGAAGUGUACAGCUGAAAGCUGCAGAGCAAAGAUUUCAUGAACUGGAUGAUAGGAAGCGUGUUCUUACAGAAAACUCCAGGGAAUUACUGAAAAAAGCUCGACAUGUCUGCAAACUGAGUCCAGAUCAACAUCUUCCAAAAGAAUUUCAGACUGCUUUUCAGGCUCUUCCAUCCACGUUGGAGGAAAUCGAUGCUUUUCUGAAUGAAGAGAAAACCAGGGCCUCCUGUUUCACAGGCCUGAAUGCUUCGGUUGUUGAAGAAUACAAUAAACAGACACAAGAAAUAGAGCAGUUGACAGAAUAUCUAGAGGAGAAGAAAAAUGAAUUGGAUAACUAUAAGCAAAACAUUUCACAGGUCAAAGAAAGGUGGCUAAACCCCCUGAAAAAGCUGAUUGAGCAAAUUAAUGAGAAGUUCAGUUACUUCUUUAAUGCUAUGCAGUGUGUUGGUGAAGUUGAUCUUCAUGUGGAAAAUGAGGAGGAGUAUGACAAGUAUGGGAUUCGCAUUAGAGUCAAAUUCCACAGUAGCACUGAACUUCAUGAACUGACACCGUAUUAUCAGAGUGGAGGUGAGAAAAGUGUUUCCACUAUGUUGUACCUCAUGGCUCUACAGGAACUCAACAGAUGUCCUUUCAGGGUUGUAGAUGAAAUAAAUCAGGGAAUGGAUCCAAUGAAUGAGAGAAGAGUUUUUGAUAUGGUUGUGAAAACUGCUUGUAAAGAAAGCACGUCUCAGUACUUCUUUGUUACACCAAAGCUCCUGCGAAAUCUCACUUACAACGACAAGAUGACGGUGUUAUUUGUCUACAGUGGACCUUUUAUGUUGCAGACAGACAAAUGGAACUUAAAGGCUUUCUGUAGGCGGCGGCAGCGACUUGGAAGUGUGGAUGAAAAGUAAUGAAUACGAAUGUGUGUGUGUGUGUGUGUGUGUAUAGUGGUUUUUGUAGAAAUUUUUGGAACAUAUGGUUUUCAAGACUU